AUGAAAUCGGUUACUCUAUCUUCAGCAGAAGACAAGAGCACUGUCAGAAAAGCAUUAUUUACUUCAAAAAUAUUCACAGCUGGUGUUGCUCGUUUGCAUGUGGCCAGUCCAGACCCUUCUCAAUGGACUUAUGCUCAACUAUGGGGUGCUGCUGUAUUCUGCAUAGACAAGUCAAAAAACAACUCUUUCUUUAUUCGUUUGGUGGAUUUGGAGCAUGGAACUGGAGUUAUUUGGGAACAAGAACUAUAUGAAGGAUUUCACUAUAACAAAGACGCGCCUUUUUUCAUUCAUUUGAAACAGAUGUGGGAUUGCCUUACAGCAUUAGAGUUUGUGGAUGAAGGAGAAGCUGAUGUGUUUUACAAGAAAAUACAAGGACGCGAGUCCCUCAAGAACACAUCUGUAUUUGGACAGAAACAAACAACUCAACCUAAGCGUAAAAACAAAAUUGACAAAAACCAUAUUGGUAUGCCUGCUGAUUUUAGGCAUGUGGGACAUAUUGGAUACACACCAGGCAAAGGAUUUAGUGUGGAGAACAAUGAUCCUGAAUGGCAUGGUUUGUUUGAUCAGUUAAAGGAAUUGGGUAUCUCUGCAGAAGAAAUCAAUAACAACCAGGAUUUUAUUCGAGAAUUCUUACAAGAGAGUGCACCUCCACCAGCACAUGCUACUGCUCCUCCUCCUCCUCCUAUGAUAAAUAAUGCACCUCAAAAGAAAAGAGCACCACCACCUCCCCCUCCUCCAAGUAGACAUCACACGCAUACCGCUGCUGCCCCCCCUCCUCCUCCUCCACCUAGAAAGACAAACAGUAUGGCUCCUCCUCCCCCUCCACCACCAUCAAGAUACAGUCCGCCUACAGGGCCACCAGUGCCUAAUCGUCAAGGUAGAUCAGUACCUCCUCCUCCUUCAAUAGGAAAUGCUCCUCCGGGUCCUCCUCCUCCUCCUCUUCCUCCUAUGUCUGGUAGUGGUGGUGCUCCACCACCACCACCACCUCCUCCUCCUCCUCCCAUGUCUGGCGCUCCUCCUCCUCCUCCUCCUCCUCCUCCCGUGAUGAUGAACAAUGGUCCUCCUCAAGCACCUAUGCCCCCUCCACCACCACUACCUCCUAUGGGCAUGCCCCCUUCAUCUUCAGCACCAUUACCACCGCCAGCAGCAGCAGCAAUACCAUCUUCAAAUGACGGUCGAUCCAAUUUGAUGGCUUCCAUUCGAGCAGCCGGUGGUUUUGGUACAUUGAAACAAUCAGGUAAACUCAAAAAAGCAGAUACUUCAGAUCGAUCCGUAGCCCAAGCGACUCCAGGUGCUGCUGCCGCGGGUGCUGCUGCAGGUGCUGCCAGUGGUACAUUAGCAUCUAGUUUAGCGGAUGUACUUAAACAGCGUCAACAAGCCAUGCAAAGUGAUGAUGAAGACGAUGAUGAUGAUGAAUGGGAAUAA